CAAAAGCCCAAAUAAAAAAGAGGACCCGGAUACGAGCAAUGAGGCCCAACCAACCAAUGUGGAUAUAAAUGGAUAAGGGGGAGCCUAGUCGGUCUGAUUCAUUCAUAAAGCGGGAACGAAGUGAGAAUCGUCGCCGGAGAAGAUAAUCGGAGUUUAGAGAGCAAAUAUGGCGACUUGUUCGUUCACGAGCAACUUUCUGGGGUUCAACCAGCACCAGCUAUCGGCAUUAGCCGCCGGGAAUCCACGGCCGAGCUCGUCGAUUCCUCCGCCGAGUUUAGUCACAGUUCAAGCCAAAGCCAGAACCAGACAAGACGACAGGACCGCCCGCCAUGCCCGAAUCAGAAAGAAGGUCGAAGGCACAACGGAGCGGCCGAGGCUUUCCGUCUACCGUUCGAACAAGCAUUUCUACGUCCAGGUCAUCGAUGAUUCCAAGAUGCACACCCUCGCUGCGGCUUCCACAAUGCAGAAGCUGCUCGCGGAAGAGCUCAAUUUCAGCUCGGGCCCAACCAUUGUGAGUGUAUUCGAUGCUAUGAAUGAAGCUAACAAUUUUGUGUAUCUGCAGAAAAUGAAAAAAGAGGCUUACUUUAGGAUUGAGCUUCGAGAUGGUUUAGUAAACAGGGCUUGAAAGAAUUGUGGGGUUAGAGUUUGGAUUGUGCAAUGGAGGUAGCAAAGAAGGUGGGUGAAGCUAUAGCCAAGGCAUGCUUGGAGAAAGGGAUAACCAAAGUGGCAUUUGAUAGAGGGGGUUACCCGUACCAUGGACGAGUAAAAGCGCUUGCUGAUGCAGCUCGGGAGAAUGGGCUUGAGUUCUGAAAUCGAUUAGGUUAGUCACUUAUGAACGCUCAUUUUCAUUCAGUCGACAUUGUUGUGAUGCGAUGGAUCAAGUUGUAGAGUUAGGAGCCUGCCUGUGAUGUUGUUUGAUUAUGCAAAAGUUCCUGUUGUCCUGUUUUUCUGUAUUUGAUCUCAAGAACAGCAAGUGAUGAUCCAAUUUAAAAGUUAGCAUUUUUUGCUCCAGUGAUCAGCAGCUUGGUCCUUGAAAAUGUUUGUUCUUUGCGAAAUUAGGACUAUCUUAUUAAAGUUCAUUGCCAAAGCACAGGACUUGGAACCUAAAUGAAUGG